AUGCUUAUUUGCCCUGAUCUGCCAUCCAAGUCUACUAAGGCAGGGCAAGUUCCGCAUACUCACUGCUUUAUCUGUAAACUAGGACCAACAAUGGAAGAUACCUGGUUCGCUAAAGAAAAUGGACCAAGCCUGAAGGUUUUCUUGACAACCUCACCUCUGGAUGCUCAAAAGUGUAUUGAUUUUGUGAAAGACCCAGGUGCGGGUGCUGUGGUGUACUUUGGAGGUACGACUAGGGACUCAUUCGGUGACCGUGAAGUGGUGAGUUUGUCGUACGAAGCCCAUCGGCCAAUGGCCUUGCGGAGUUUGGUUAAAAUUUCAAACGAAGCCAUAACAAAGUUCAAGGAUUUCCGUGGCCAAGAUUCGGUGCAAAAGGUAUGUAUAUGCCAUCGAUUGGGUACUGUGCCAGUGUUGGAAGAGAGUAUAGUCAUUGCUCUUAGUAGCACCCAUCGCAAGGAGGGCUGGGAGGCAGCUAUGUAUAUUCUGGAGCGGAUCAAAGAGAGUGUGGAGAUCUGGAAGAGUGAGGAGUAUGCUGAUGGGGGUGCAACAUGGAAGGAGAAUGGGAAGGAGCAUGAGAAAGUGCAAAUAUAG